AGGCUGCUGCAGCCAGCCUCCUCUCCAGUCUGCGGUCUCAAUGUCCUUCCCCCGGUGUGCCCUGUUGUGGGCUCGGCUUCCCCCGGGGCGCCAGCCUGGCCCCCGGGCAGCCAUCUGCUCUGCCCUUCGCGCCCACACUGGGCCCUUUCCUGGGACUCUGGGGCGCGUUCCUGCCGUUGCCUGCGCCUCUUCCUCUGCCUCAGGAGGCUCCAAAUCUCCGAACACGUCCUUGUUCGUGCCGCUGACUGUGAAACCGCAGGGCCGCAGCGCUGACGGCGAUGUCGGGGCCGAGCUAACCCGCCCUCUGGACAAGAAUGAAGUAAAGAAGAUCUUAGAUAAGUUUUACAAGAGAAAAGAAAUUCAGAAACUGAGUGCUGAUUAUGGACUCGAUGCUCGUCUCUUCCACCAGGCUUUCAUAAGCUUUCGAAAUUAUAUCAUGCAGUCUCAUUCCCUGGAUGUGGACAUUCACAUUAUUUUGAAUGAUAUUUGCUUCAGUGCAGCUCACGUGGAUGAUUUAUUUCCAUUUUUCUUGAGACAUGCAAAACAGAUAUUUCCUGUGUUGGAAUGUAAGGAUGAUCUACGUAAAAUCAGUGACCUAAGAAUACCACCUAACUGGUACCCAGAAGCCAGAGUCUUACAGCGGAAGAUAAUAUUCCAUUCAGGUCCCACGAACAGUGGAAAGACUUAUCAUGCAAUCCAGAAAUACUUGUCAGCAAAAUCUGGAGUAUAUUGUGGCCCUUUAAAAUUACUGGCACAUGAGAUCUUCGAAAAGAGUAAUGCUGCUGGUGUGCCAUGUGACUUGGUAACAGGUGAAGAACGUGUGACAGUAGAGCCAGAUGGGAAACAGUCUGCCCAUGUUGCUUGUACUGUUGAGAUGUGCAGUGUUACAACUCCUUAUGAAGUGGCCGUGAUUGAUGAAAUUCAAAUGAUUAAAGAUCCAGCCAGAGGAUGGGCCUGGACCAGAGCACUACUAGGACUCUGUGCUGAAGAAAUCCAUUUGUGUGGAGAAUCUGCUGCUAUUGACCUGGUUACCGAGCUUAUGUACACAACUGGGGAAGAUGUGGAGGUUCGAACCUAUAAGAGGCUUACCCCCAUUUUUGUGCUGGAUCACGCAUUAGAAUCUUUAGACAACCUUCGGCCUGGGGACUGCAUUGUCUGUUUUAGCAAGAAUGAUAUUUAUUCUGUGAGUCGACAGAUUGAAAUUCGGGGAUUGGAAUCAGCUGUUAUAUAUGGCAGUCUCCCACCUGGGACCAAACUUGCUCAAGCAAGAAAGUUUAAUGAUCCUGGUGAUCCAUGCAAAAUCCUGGUUGCUACAGAUGCAGUUGGCAUGGGACUUAAUUUGAGCAUAAGAAGAAUUAUUUUUUACUCCCUUAUGAAGCCCAGUAUCAAUGAAAAGGGAGAAAAAGAAAUAGAACCAAUCACCACCUCUCAAGCCUUGCAGAUUGCUGGCAGAGCUGGUAGAUUCAGUUCAAAAUUUAAAGAAGGAGAGGUUACAACAAUGAAUCGAGAAGACCUCAGUUUAUUAAAGGAAAUUUUGAAUAGGCCUGUGGAUCCUAUAAAGGCAGCUGGUCUUCAUCCAACUGCUGAACAGAUUGAAAUGUUUGCCUACCAUCUCCCUGACACAACGCUUUCUAAUCUCAUUGAUAUUUUUGUAGACUUUUCACAAGUUGAUGGGCAGUAUUUUGUCUGCAAUAUGGAUGAUUUUAAAUUUUCUGCAGAGUUGAUCCAGCAUAUUCCAUUAAGUCUACGAGUGAGGUAUGUUUUCUGCACAGCCCCUAUCAACAAGAAGCAGCCUUUUGUCUGUUCUUCAUUGUUACAGUUUGCCAGGCAGUAUAGCAGGAAUGAGCCCCUGACCUUCUCAUGGUUACGACGAUAUAUUAAAUGGCCGUUACUUCCACCUAAGAAUAUUAAAGACCUCAUGGAUCUUGAAGCUGUUCAUGAUGUCUUGGAUCUUUACCUGUGGCUAAGCUACCGGUUUAUAGAUAUGUUUCCAGAUGCCAGCCUUGUUCGAGAUCUCCAGAAACAAUUAGAUGGCAUUAUCCAAGAUGGUGUACAUAACAUCACCAAACUGAUUAAAAUUUCAGAGGCACAUAAACUGCUGAAUUUGCAGAACUCAUCAGCAGAAAGCCAGUCCCGUUUGUCAGGAACAGUAAAGAGCCGAACUAGAAGGAAUCAUGGCACCAAAGCUUUAGGGAGUAAAGCUGCUGAACCACUUGGCUCUGGUGCAGGAGAGAAAUCCCUUGCUUCCAGAUUGGUGCAGCAAGGACUCCUCACUGCAGACAUGCUGAAACAACUAGAAAGAGAGUGGAUGACACAACAAACUGAGCAUGGCAAAGGAAGAACAGAAUCUGGGACUUCCUUAAAAGGGACAAGAAGAAAGAAGAAGGAACCUGAUUCAGAUUAGUUUUAUUUUUAUUUUUGCAAAUAAAAAUCUAUUUUAAAAUCCUUUUUUUCCUCAUAUGCAUUUACUGCCUGCUAUGGUACUGUGGCUAUCUUUUACUGGUCUUUUUUUUUUUUUUUUCUAAGAAAAAUUAACUGUUAAGGAUAACUAAACUGCUGUUUGUUUUGUGUCUUAGAGGAUUUAUUUAAAGAUUUAUUUAAUGGCCAUUUGUAGUAUAGCACUAAGACAAUGCACUAUAAGGAACUCUGCGUGGGAAUAAAAUCAGUUUGGUGAAUUGUUUUGACCAGUUUCCUAUACCUUUGCUGAGGAUGUCACAGGUAGAAUUCUUUGACAGAGGUUGCUGUCUGUUGUACCCACGUACCAGAGGCUGUUCUAGGUGCUGGAAAUACGCAGUAAGUGAGACAGAUAAUGUUCCUGCCCUUGUGGAGAUUAUAUUUUGGUAUGGUGACUGACAGGAAUAAGUUAAAUAAAUAAUGUCAGCUCUGUGAGGGCAAAUAUUGUUGUCUGUGUAAUUCACUGCCAUAUCUAUGGUGCCUGGAAUAUAGUAGAAGCGCAAAUGAAUGUGAAAUUAAUAGAUGUGAUUUCAGAGAUAAAUGCUAGAAAGAACUAGAAUAAGGGAAGAGAGUGGUAGUGGUUGGUGGGCUAUUUUACAUAGAGUGAGUGGUCUUCCCGUGUCCAAAGGCCAGUCUGAUGCAUAGUGGCCUUUACUUGUCCAAUAAAGAUUUUAAGCCUUGGUUAGAGAUAUAGCUAAAAGGAGCUUAAGGACAUAGUCUUUGGAGUUGGAUAGAUCUUGGUUUAGCUUCUCUCAUCACUACCAGUUCAGUAAUCUUACCUUCUCUAUGACUUGGUCUCCACAUCUGAAAAAGAUGGACAAUAACACCUACUUAGUGUUGUUUGGGAGGUUAAAUGUGAUGAGGUGCCAUAUAGCACAGGACUUGGUAUACAGGAAGUGUUUUAUAAAUGAACCUGAAGGUUUGGGUUCAUUCUGGGCUGUGAAUUGAGCUCUUAGGUCAUUCGAAGAACUAAACUAAUUUCUUGAGCAACUGCUAAAUCGAGGCUGACUUCAGACUAGGGAUUAAACUGAUUUGGUUGUAGUUGGGUCAAGGAGUAGCCAAGUUUACAGUUAGUCAUCUCUCUGACUUUUUCUUCAGUAGUUCAGAGUUCAGAUGAUAUUUAAUUGAUAGCAGUCUUUAUUCUUCUAACCUUUGCCUUCAUAAAGAUAAAGGCUGAACAGGCAGCACUGACUGUAUCUCUCCCUUACUUGUGGAUAAUCAAUAGUGAAAUGCCUGGAACGGCAUAUUUCUUUUGAUACUUUGCGUUUGAUCAACUUUAACUUCUAGGACUUGCUUUCCACUGUGAAUUAACGUCAUGGCAGACAUAGUCUAUUCUUGCCCAGAUGGUCUCAAGAAAUACCCAUGAACUGAACUGGAUAAUGGGUUUGGUCUCGUAUUUACGUGGUGAGAUACGUCAAUUAAGAGGGUUAUUUUUUUUUUCAUAAAUUUAUUUUAUUUUUGGCAGCAUCGGGUCUUCAUUGCUGCUCGCGGGCUUUCUCUAGUUGGCGGCGAGCGGGGGCUACUCUUCGUUGCAGUGCGCGGGCUUCUCACUGCAGUGGCUUUUCUUGUUGCGGAGCACGGGCUCUAGGAGCGCGGGCUUCAGUAGUUGUGGCGCACGGGCUUAGUUGCUCCACGGCAUGUGGGACCUUCCCAGACCAGGGCUCGAACCCAUGUCCCCUGCAUUGGCAGGCGGAUUCUUAACCACUGUGCCACCAGGGGAAGCCCUUGGAGGGUUAUUAAUUCUCUCACUUUCUCCAGUUUAGAAGCUAGAAUUGGUAAGUCAGAGAGGACACUUAGGCAAGACACUUGCAGGUUAAAUGUUAGUGAAGCCUCAGAUAAGAGGAGUGGAGGUGGGGUGCUGUCAGAGAAGGGCUGCUUGAACAUUGAGCUACAGAGUGUUUAUAAAUACUGGUGAUAGUUUACUUUUCACCUUUCCCGUGUUUGUGGGGGAGGGAGAGCUCUGUGGUUAGGCAGAAGAAGAGAUUAAAAGAAAGAUGAAAUCAGGUGAAGCAAAACAGGAAAAAUAUAAUUGGAAUGGCCCUGAAUAACUCUGCAGUGUGUUUAAAAUUGUCACUGUGAAAUCAGGUCUUCCUUCUCUGCUACAAGUUGGACAUGUCACUUAUCUUUCUUUGUGGGCUUAUGGGGCAAGCUAAGUUCAAGGCAUACAUUUCACUAAGGUCAUGUUUUCAAUAUUUCCAAAACUUCUUUUUUUUCUUGCAGUUUUCUAGCAGGUUUUGAAAUACUUGCCUGAAAACCCUCCUUGGACUAUUGUGGACUCAGCCGAACAUCAGCAUUGGGUAUGGACUGAGGCUUAGAUGCGGACCUCAGUUCCAUCAGUACAGAUCUGGGUAAUUUAGUAAAAUGUGGUUAGUACGUAAGUGGUUAACAAUAAUAACCAAUGACUUGUAAUGCUUUGUACAUUGUUUAUGGACGAGUGUGAGUAUACAAAAUGGAAUUGGGUCUUUUGAAAAAUGACUUAUUGUGAAUCACAAACAAAACUGUCAUCACAAAUCACCAAAAAUUCUUACACCUCAGACCUGGGAGUCUGUAAUUAUGAUGCAGUCAUUCUUUGUGUGUCCUAUUGAAAACAAAGCUCUGAGGAUAUAAUGAAAAGUUGUGGUUUGAUAAGAGAAGCAAAUGGAUAAAUGAAUUAGGCUGUUAACCCUACUCUAUUUUCAAAGGUUGUAAAAUACAUAAACUUGAACAGAGAUAACAAUGUUUUUAAACAUGCUUCGGAGCACUAUUAUCUAAAAGUCUGUCACUCAACAUAGUAGGACAGUUCCAACAGAGACGAUAAACAGUAGUUGUCUUAAUGGGCAGAAAGAUGCCGGAGAAGGGGAAAAAAGCUUUCGAAGUAGGAUCGGGUCUUGAAGACUGAAUUUAAGAAGGUACUUUCGGCAAAUUUGGGUUGAGGAGGCGUUCUGAAGUCCUUUAAAGCUACGCUCUUAGAAUCUGCCCAGAGAUUCAAUAUCAUGUGCUCCUUAACGAGUCCCGGCCUUUGAAAAGCCCUUGGUGCUUAUAGAGGCUUGGGAAAGGCUUGUAACCUCAGUGACUACUUUGUUGUUGUUUUAACAUCUUUAUUGGCGUAUAAUUGCUUUACAGUGGUGUGUUUCUGCUUUAUAACAAAGUGAAUCAGUUAUACAU